AUGAAUAUGUUGGAUGAUGAAGAUGACCAAAGCUUUCACGCUACGCGUGACGGCUACUCCCAUUUGAGCGAUGUCGGAUGGGAUGCGGUUGAACGGAUGGGUUCAACCAUGGGCAUCCAUGCUGUUAGCGUCAUGCUAGAGGCUCUCAAUAGAGAUGCCCAACAUGCUACUAUCGCCAAGUUCAUUCAAAAUGAACUUGACGCUGAACGCGAGAAAGUAGCCUUGCUUCACCAACAAGGUUCUCAACAAGCGGAGUUGUUGAGAGAACAGGGUGCUCAACAGUUUGAACUGUUAAGACAGCAGCAGGCUGCUGCUGGUGGGUCGAUGCACUCGCGUCGACCCGAAACCUUGAAGAUUGACAUCUCCAAGUAUAGGAAAGUCGAAGAGGACUCCCUCUUGAGAUGGUUCGUCGAAUUGGAUGACGCCAUAAGGGCGCGUUGCAUCGACGACGGGGAUAUGCAAGUUGCAUUUGCCCAGUCAAAUCUGGCAGGACGUGCCAAGACUUGGGCACUGGGGCUCAAGUUGCACGACCCAUAUGCGUUUGGGUCGUUGGAAGUCUCCAAGUCGCGGCUCAGACAAACGUUUGAACCGCCUAGAGCUGAGUUCAGGGCUCGAACCGAACUCUUGAAGCUUAAAUAG